CGCGCGGGGCCGGCCGCGGGGCACGCCGGGACCGGUAGUCGGCCGCGGGGCACGCUGGGACCCGUAGUCGGCCGCGGGGCACGCCGGGACCGCCCUCACCUGGCCGGCGGCGGGCGCCCGAGGGGCCCAAUGGGAGCGGCGCCCGUCGCCCCGCCCCGCGCCGCCGGACGUCUGUGCCGGGACAUGGUCGCCGCCGGUGCCGGGUCCUUGAGCUGAGCGCCCGCCGCCGGCAGCCAACCGCCGCCUCAACCGUCCGCGCGGGCGGGCCGAGCCGCCGCCAGGCCGGCGAGGAGGAGGAGGAGAAGGAGGCCGCCUCAGGAGGCGGGAGCCGCCGGACACAUGGCGUCCAUCUUGCUGAGGAGCUGCCGCAGCCGGGGGCCCGCCCGCUUCCCGGCGCCCCGCGCCGCCGCCCGGGGGGGUAGCCCGGGGGACCAUGCCUGUCUCAGCUGUGCCAACACCGUGGGGUGGAUCAGCCGCCUGCGUGUCCUGCCGGGCGGCUGUGCUCCCGUGCACCUUUCCUUCGGAGGCGACCCCCUGGGCUGCUGGACUCGGAGGCCCCAGCGCGCGUGUGCGGUGGCCCGAGCGCCGUGGGCCCCGGCCUCCGCGGGCCGGCUGGUCGCCCAGCCGCAGCUCCCGCCCGCGCGCUGCUGGCACUCCUCCCCCGCGCUGCGCGACGACUCGGUGGUGGAGAAGUCGCUCAAGUCCCUCAAGGACAAGAACAAGAAGCUGGAGGAGGGCGGGCCGGUGUACAGCCCCCCCGCGGAGGUGGUGGUGAAGAAGUCCCUGGGGCAGCGGGUGCUGGACGAGCUGAAGCACUACUACCACGGCUUCCGCCUGCUCUGGAUCGACACCAAGAUCGCGGCGCGCAUGCUCUGGCGCAUCCUCAACGGGCACAGCCUGACCCGCCGCGAGCGCAGGCAGUUCCUCCGCAUCUGCGCAGACCUCUUCCGCCUGGUGCCCUUCCUGGUGUUCAUCGUGGUGCCCUUUAUGGAGUUCCUGCUGCCCGUCGUGGUGAAGCUGUUCCCCAACAUGCUGCCGUCCACCUUCGAGACCCAGUCCAUCAAGGAGGAGAGGCUGAAGAAGGAGCUGCGGGUCAAGCUGGAGCUGGCCAAGUUCCUCCAGGACACCAUUGAGGAGAUGGCCCUGAAGAACAAGGCGGCCACGGGCAGCGCCACCAAAGACUUCUCCUUGUUUUUCCAGAAGAUCCGAGAGACCGGGGAGAGACCCAGCAAUGAGGAAAUCAUUCGUUUCUCCAAACUGUUUGAGGACGAGCUGACCCUGGACAACCUCACGCGGCCGCAGCUGGUGGCGCUGUGCAAGCUGCUGGAGCUGCAGUCCAUGGGCACCAACAACUUCCUGCGCUUCCAGCUCACCAUGCGGCUCCGCUCCAUCAAGGCGGACGACAAGCUGAUUGCAGAGGAGGGUGUGGACAGCCUCAACGUCAAAGAGUUGCAGGCGGCGUGUCGGGCACGAGGCAUGCGGGCCCUGGGAGUCACAGAAGACCGCCUGCGGAACCAGCUGAAGCAGUGGCUGGAGCUCCACCUGCAGCAGGAGAUCCCCACAUCGCUGCUCAUCCUGUCCCGAGCCAUGUACCUCCCAGACACCCUGUCGCCCGCCGACCAGCUCAAGUCCACGCUGCAGACCCUCCCCGAGAUCGUGGCCAAGGAAGCGCAGGUGAAGGCGGCGGAGGUGGAGGGUGAGCAGGUGGACAACAAGGCGAAGCUGGAGGCCACGCUGCAGGAGGAGGCGGCCAUCCGGCAGGAGCACCGGGAGGAGCGGCAGAGGCGCUCGGAGGCCGCGGAAGUGGCGCCCGAAGCGGUGGAAGCUGCCCCAGGGAGGCCCGUGGCCGAGCUGCAGCCGGAAGUGGUGGAUGCGACCCUGCCGUCAGAGGCCCUGAAGGACACGGCCCCCGUCCUGGAGGGCGUGAAGGAAGAGGAGAUCACCAAGGAGGAAAUCGACAUCCUCAGCGACGCCUGCUUGAAGCUGAAGGAGCAGAAGACGUCCCUGACCAAGGAGAAGGAGGAGCUGGAGCUGCUCAAGGAAGACGUGCAGGACUACAGCGAGGACCUGCAAGAGAUUAAGAAGGAGCUUUCGAAGACGGGCAAGGAGAUGGAGGUGGAGGAGUCCAAAGCCAGCAAGAGGCUGACCAAGCGGGUGCAGCAGAUGAUUGGGCAGAUCGACGAGCUGCUCACGCAGCUGGAGGCGGACCAGCAGGCUGGCAAGCUGGGCCCCACCGCCCCGGGCCUGCCCGCGGGGGACACUGUCAUCAGCGUCACCGAGCUCAUCAGUGCCAUGAAGCAAAUCAAGCACAUUCCAGAACACAAGCUCGUCAGCCUGGCCUCGGCCCUGGACGACAACAAGGACGGCAAGGUCAACAUUAAUGACCUGGUCAAGGUGAUCGAGCUGGUGGACAAGGCGGACAUUCACAUCUCCACCAGCCAGGUGGCCGAGAUCGUGGCGACACUGGGGAAGGAGGAGAAGGUGGAGGAGAAGGAGAAGGCCAAGGAGAAGGCCGAGAAGGAGGCGGCCGAGGUGAAGGGGUAGCUGCCGCCGGCCCCUUCCUGCUGAGGCGAUUCUAUUAGUGACACGUCUAAUAUUUUGUCUGGAAUAAAUCAGGAACUUCCAUCAUCAAGCAAUUUUUAAUUUUCACCAUUCCACGAAGAGCCAGUCAGCCUGGAAUCCCCUGCCCCAGGGAGUCGUGUCUGCGUCCCUGCGUGGCCACGGGCCGGCUCACGUGGCUCGGGCCUGCGCCCGUGUGUGUCCUGGGAGGAGGCCCGGCCCGUGGGCCCUCGGCUCAGGACACUGGUCUGUGGACUUGGACGCCCGACUGUCGGGGCCACGCCAAGCGCUCUGUGGCCUGCGAACCACGCCUGAGGACCGCCACGCUCCUGGGGCCUCCGUCUGCCAGCUCUUCUCGAUGCACCUUGGUUCUCACCUGACCCCUUACCAAUUCGCCGUCUGCCUGACUCGGGCGUGACCCUAAUGUAAAUACGGCGUGGCCCACUGACGAAGCCUGGCUGUUUGCGUAUUCAUUGUGCUGGUGUGGCUUUUAGAAAGUUUACUAAGUGGGGUUGUGAGCACCACGCCCGGGGGCGAUACCACUGCGCCCGCCCAGCGGCGGGCCUGGCCCUGGAGCCCCGGGCGCCACCCUGUCAGCCCUGCAGCCCCGGGGCCUCCAGGUGGCCAUCAUGCCAACUCCUGGCCCAGCUCCUUCCGAGACGCAGGCCGGUGGCCACUCCCAGGCUGUGGUGGGCACCCCUGGGGCUGGCGAAGGGCCCUGUGCAGCCUGGCACUCGGCAGUCUCAGUACCUGGCGCUCAGGCAGGUGUCUGCGUGGGGGUGGGCAGGGCCAGGUGGCCUGUGCCCUCAGCUCUGACCCACCCUUCAAGGCAAGACUGUCCUUUCGGGGAAUCCAAGCGUAGGCGUGGCCAGACUCCCGGACGGACGGGCGGUCUCAGGAAGGAGCUGCUCAGUUAGCUGGGCCUUCCUCCCGGGUGCUGAGGAACUGACACGGCAUAGGAGUAGCGUUUGUCUCCCCAGACGUCAGCCUUUGCACAGGACACGGGGCGCACGGUCUAUCCCAGGGGUCCUCAAACUAUGGCCCGCGGGCCACAUGCAAAUACAAAUAUUGUAUUUGUUCCCGUUUCGUUUUUUUUACUUCAAAAUAAGAUAUGUGCAGUGUGCAUAGGAAUUUGUUCAUAGUUUUUUUUAAACAAUAGUCCGGCCCUCCAGCGGUCUGAGGGACAGUGAACUGGCCCCUGUUUAGAAAGUUUGAGGACCCCUGGUCUAUCCCAUCGGUGUGUGCACUGCGCUCUGUGCCCCGUGGUGCUAAGGGUUGCCUCACGCAUUCCCGUGGCCUGGCUUUCAGCUGUGACCUGCACUUGAAUGAUAGCUGGCCAGUGGCCAGGGACGGUGGCUGUCCUUCUGGUGAGCAGUCCCAUGGGGCCGUCCGCCGCACCCGGCUCCUCCGUCCUCACCACCUCGCCAGGCCUGAGUGCCCUCCGCUGCCAUCACCCUCCUGGGUGGCCUGCAGCUUUGGAGAAAGCGUGCCCCCCCCACCCCCCGCAGGGCUCUGUGCGUGCACUGGGCGCGGGCUGCUAGCGGAGCCUCCGCUUCUGAGGUGGGGUCUGCUCUGGGCUCCCCUGGCGUUUGUGUGGCUUUCACUGUCCUGGAUUUACUCGCUGCCGCUGAAACCCGUGCUCAGACGCAGGCAGAGCACGUGGUGGGCCUAGAAAUGGGAGUCGCGGUGGCUAAGGGGGCUGUUGGCCCUGCCCUGGCGCUGCGCCCCCCACACUAUCGGAGCGUCACAGAAUUUUCACGUGUGUCCUUGGUCACUGGAGUCUCACCGUCAGGAUUCGUCAGCCCCGUGGGGCCGUCCCUGAGCCGGCGUUCUCACUGCGGCCCCAGCCUGUACACUGGCUCUGCCCACGUGUCCAGGGCCCGGCUUCACACGUGUCGUCACCUUUCUUGGAAUCAUGUUUUUAUGAAAACGUCGAGUUGAUGUUCCUGUAACAGCUCAGAGGAGGAUGUCACGAUGUCUCGAUUGUCCGCUGGCGGCAGCUGCGCGGCCGGUUGCUCUGCCUCACCCUCUGCACAGGAGGGGCACGACCUCGCCUGCCGGCGCCAGCCCAGCGCUGGGUGUCCCCUGCUGUGGCAGGCGCGCUGCCGCCCGUCACCCUGUGCCCAGACGGUCCCUGUGCUGGGACCAGGCGCCUGUCUGCUGUAAGGACGGGAUUCAAUAAAGCGCUGCCUUGGUGA